ACAAACGUGGAUCAACUCACUGCUCAGAUGUCACAACUGUCAAUACCAGAUCAGGCAAGGAGUGGCCCUGGGUCUCGUACCGAUUCUGGUCCUACUUCCUCGAUGGAAGGGUCAGGAAAAGCCUCAUCGGCGUCAGACGAGUCCAAUCUAGCAGAGCAAAUCAGCUGUCUCAAGCCAAACGGACCCCGCUAUUGGGCUCAAGAAUGGGCGAAGUGCGGUACUUAUAGAUUUUGCUGUUUGCUUAUUGAAUGUGGCAGUGGCUGCAAAAGCGAAUGUAAUAGAUAUUUAAGAUGAAGACUUCACGAUCGUGUCGCAAUCCAUGCACAUGCUUAUCUUCAUGUUACUCGCCUUAUUGUUCACUUUUAAUCGCAUUCCUCCAUCUUCAUUUGUCAGGUCCCUUUACACCAACACCAAUAGUGUUUUGUGGCGCGAUGUGGGUUUGGGCUGUGAUGAUUGCGCCAG